GGAGCACACACAACCACCACAACCAACAACCAAACCGUUCAAUCCACUACCACACACCACGCCUUUGCUGUUGUCUUUUGACGUACGUUUGUUGUGCGUGUGUGAGUGUUCGAACAGACAAACCACACACACACACACACAACCACACUUCUGUCAGCCACACUAUUGUCAGGAACAAUGCUUCGUCGCCGACAAUGGCCAAAGGCGGCUGCCAUCGCCGCAGCCAUCGUCCUGCUGUAUGUCUUUGUGCUCAAGCCAGAGAUGGAAGAGAGCGCCCGCGACGGCCCACUGCUGCACCACAACGAUGCGCGCAGCAACGACAACCACCACCACCACCACCAGCAACAGCAACAGCACCACAGUGACACAGGCGGAAGCGUGGACACAAAUCACAAGCAACAACAGCAACAGCAGCAACAACAACAACAACAGCAGCAGCAGCAGCAGCAGCAGCAGCAGCAGCAGCAGGUUGGCGGAGGCAAUGGCCAUGUCUAUCCCGAUCUGAGCGUGUACCCGGGUGGCGUGAACAUUCGUGGCGAGGUGGACGACAAGCACCUGCACGGCAACAAGAUUGGUGUGCGGGACGACGGCGUCAUGGGCUUCCGCACCACAUCGUACGUGUCCAUGAAGGACGAGUCCCUGGAAAUGAAGCGCAUCGCGCACAAGCAAAACUGCUUCAACCUCAGGCGCAGCGACAGCAUCCCGCUGGACCGCGACAUCCCAGACCACCGCGACUCGCAGUGCAAGAAGAUUGUGUAUCCAAACGACAUGCCUGCAGCCAGCGUGGUGUUUGUCUUCUUCAACGAGCCGCUCUCGCCCCUGCUGCGCUCCAUCCACUCCGUCCUGGACCGCACCCCGCCACACCUGCUGCACGAGAUUGUGCUCGUGGACGACGGCAGCGAUGCGCAGUGGCUGCAGCAGGAACUCAACGACUACAUGCGCUGGCUGCCCAAGACCAAGAUCGUGCGCAUGCCGCAGCGCAAGGGCCUCAUGGAGGCGCGCGUGCAGGGCGCCAAGGCCGCCACGGGCGAGGUGAUUGUGUUCCUCGACUCGCACAUUGAGGUGUCCCCGGUCUGGCUGGAGCCCAUGCUUGCACGCAUCACGGAGGACCGCCGCCAUGUCGUCAUGCCCAUCAUCGACAGCAUCGACGCAGACUCGUUCCAGUACCGCAAGGGCGGCCUCGACAUCCUCGGCUUCUCCUGGGCGCUGGGCCAGAAGAGCAUCGGCACGCGCCGCCGCACGCGCACGCAGCCCAUGCCCUCGCCCAUCAUGGCCGGCGGCUUGUUCGCCAUGGACCGCAAGUACUUCUUCGACCUCGGCGCGUACGACCCGGAGAUGCAGCUGUACGGUGGCGAAGAGAUGGAGAUCUCCUUCCGCAUCUGGCAGUGCGGCGGCACGCUCGAGUGCAUCCCUUGCUCGCGCGUCGGGCACGUGUUCCGCACGGGCAAGUACUGGAAGGGCCAGGUGUACACGGUGCCUGGCGACGUGAUCGUUCGCAACAAGCUGCGCGCGGCCGAGGUGUGGAUGGACGAGUACAAGGACAUUGUCAAGCGCGUCAUGUCCCCGCUGCCACGCGGCAAGACGCUGGGCCCGCUCGACAUGAUGUUCGACAUCCGCAAGCGCCACAACUGCAAGCCCUUCAAGUGGUACCUGGAGAACGUGUACCCGGAGAUGUUUGUGCCAUACGACCCGGACCACGUCGUUGCCAGCGGUGAGGUGCGCAACCCGCACACGGACGCGUGCUUUGACACGCUCGGCGCGCGGCACCAGGGCGCCCGCAUCGGCGCAUACCCGUGCCACCACUCCCACGGCACGCAGGAGUUUGUGCUGUCCACGGGCGGCGACAUUCGCGUUGCGGCCAUGGACUUUGACACGUGCCUUGACCGCGGCAACGGGGACGGCAGCAUCGGCAUCUGGCCGUGCCAUCAGACCGGCGGCAACCAGAAGUGGAACUAUGACCCAAAGUCUGGCCGCCUCAGUGACGGCGACGGCCACAUUUGCGCAGAGGCGCAGCGCACAGCAACCCCAAGCAGCCCGUUCAAGCUUGUCCUGUCGCCAUGCGAUCUCACCAACCCGGCCCAGCAGUGGAUCUUCAAGGAGGCGGAGCCAAAGUAGCAGCGACGGCGAUUGAUUGGUUGAUGAUGGUGGCGGUGGUGGUGGUGGCGGUGGCGGUGGUGGCCUGAUGACUUUUGGGUCA